UGUAGAGAUCUGCAGUGAUUUCCAGUCCUUUCAGAAGCAUGAAAUGAGUAACACUGUAGAGAGACCCAGCGAAUACGGAAAAAAUGUGGAGGAAAGAUCUGAUCUUAGUGAAAAAAUUCACUCUGGGCAGAAAAUUUUUGUAGGUAACAAAAGUGUGAAAGCCCACACAACACCUAACAGUGUUCAAACCCCCAAGACAAACCGCAAUUUGGGAAACUCCUAUGUACAAAAACACUAUGAGAAUAAUUCUAUUUCUUCAUCCAAUAUUGAAAAACCUGUUAGAAAAUAUGAUAGAGAGAAAUAUCAUAUAAUUGAAAAAUGUGCAAAAGCAUUAUCUCACAGUAAUUUCUUUAAAAAACAUAAGAAACUUCACACUGGAAAGCAACCAUAUGAAUGCAAGCAAUGUGGGACAGCAUUCAGUAAACUCAGUGGCUGUCACAGUAAUAAAAACAUUCACACUGGGGAGAAAUCCUUUGCAUGCAACAAAUGUGGGAAAGCAUUCAGUACGGCCUCUGCUUGUAAAGUACAUGAUAGAAUUCACACUGGGGAGAAAUCCUUUGUAUGUAAGCAAUGUGGGAAAUCUUUCAAUCAAAAGUCUAACCUUCUUAGACAUGAAAGAAUUCACACAGGGGAUAAACCCUAUGUAUGCAACAAAUGCGGGAAAGCAUUCAGUACAUCCUCUGCUUGUAAAGCACAUGAUAGAAUGCACUCUGGGGAGAAACCAUUUGCCUGUAAACAAUGUGGGAAAUCUUUCUGUCAAAGAAGUAACCUUAUUAAACAUGAAAGAAUUCACACUGGGGAGAAACCCUUUGCAUGCAACAAAUGUGGGAAAUCUUUCAAUCAAAACAGUGACCUUAUUAAACAUGAAAGAAUUCACACUGGGGAGAAACCCUUUGCAUGCAACAAAUGCGGGAAAGCAUUCAGUACAUCCUCUGCUUGUAAAGCACAUGAUAGAAUUCACACUGGGGAGAAACCCUUUGCAUGUAAACAAUGCGGGAAAUUUUUCAGUCAAAACAGUGACCUUAUUAAACAUGAAAGAAUUCACACUGGGGAGAAACCCUUUGUAUGUAAGCAUUGUGGGAAAUCUUUCAAUAAAAAGACUAACUUUAUUAGACAUGAUAGAAUUCACACAGGUGAUAAACCCUAUGUAUGCAACAAAUGUGGGAAAGCAUUCAGUACAGCCUAUGCUUGUAAAGCACAUGAUAGAAUUCACACUGGGGAGAAACCCUUUGCAUGUAAACAAUGUGGGAAAUCUUUCAAUCAAAACAGUGACCUUAUUAAACAUGAAAGAAUUCACACUGGGGAGAAACCCUUUGCAUGCAAUAAAUGUGGGAAAGCAUUCAGUACAGCCUAUGCUUGUAAAGCACAUGAUAGAAUUCACACUGGGGAGAAACCCUUUGCAUGUAAACAAUGCGGGAAAUCUUUCAGUCAAAACAGUGACCUUAUUAAACAUGAAAGAAUUCACACUGGGGAGAAACCCUUUGCAUGCAACAAAUGUGGGAAAGCAUUCAGUACAUCCUCUGCUUGUAAAUCACAUUAUAGAAUACACACUGGGGAGAAACCCUUUGUAUGUAAGCAAUGUGGGAAAUCUUUCUGUCAAAGCAGUCACCUUAUUACUCAUGAAAGAACUCACACCCUAUAGAACAUCUAUGGUACAACCAAUAUAUCAAAACAUUCAGUGUACAGAAGUGCUGAAAAUGAACCCUUUCCAUUGAUGUAAGUAAUUUGUGAUGUAUUUUAGCUAUUAUUGUAGCUUUUUUGUAUAGAAAAAAAAAUUCACUCUAUAAAAAUAUCUCUAUCUAUAUGAGAAAUGAGUAAAUGGAUUUGUUUAUACAUUCUCACUUUAUAACAUCAAAUAUAUCACACUGGGAAAAAAUCCUAUGAACAUAAGGAAUAUAGAAAGACUUUCCAUACCAUUGAGGUUGUCACUACAUUUAAGAACUCCCUCAGUGUAGUAAUUCUAUGCAAUUGAACAAUGGUAGAUCAUAUGUAGCACACAAAAAUGCCAUAGGGAAAUUUUGCAUACAAGGAAGAUAUCAUAUAUAUGUAGGCAGUGUGGCAAAGAUUUGCUGCAGUGCUUCCCUUUUGAAAACAUAAGAUUCCUCUCACAAUGGGGAGUAACUGCAUGUAAGGAAGAUUUGGUAAAAGUUCAGGUGAUAGCUGCUAACCUCUGAGUGAUGUCAUACUAUGUCCCAAGAUUAUGUAUGCAAUGUGGGAAAGUAUUCAGUAUACAGGUUUAUUGUCAAAAGUGUGAAAGUAAUCUGAGUUAAGUGAAAUCAUACAUAUGUAAGGGACUAUUUUGAAAAUAAUUUCAAAAUUAGUCAUGUAGAGGAGACCUGCCAAAAUAUUAUAAAAUAAUUUCUGUCAAUAUAUGCUCAUACAUUUUUGA